CCGUCUGCCUUCCACUUGGCACUCGUUAUUUCUAUCAUUUUCCUACAAAUGACAGAAAAGUGGGCACUGCUAGGCUCUAGGGACAGGGAUCCACUCUGGAAACAGGAUAAGUGCACAGGAAGAUAAUAGGGUGGGAGUAGCAACGAAAUUGAACAAAACUAAGCAAAAAAGUUAGGUGGGGAAACGAAACUGUAAAAAGCAAAUAUAGAAAGCUCAAGGGGAAGUAAAAGUAUUUUCAGACACACACAGAAAAGAAGUGUCCCCACGUGCUUUGGCCAAACCAAACUCCCCCUUUUACUCAACUGUUGAAAACAAAGAAGAAGAAAAAGCGAUGAAAAAGUCACACUUUCAUACCUCUUCUCAGAAUAAACAGUCAGCAGGGACAGGACAGCUCACUGCCCUGAAAGACCUUGAAAGAUUUACCCCCAGAUAACACAGCACACGAUGAUCAACCUCCAGAGGCUCUCAAAACCACUACAAACUCCGGUCUCUUCUGUCAUUCCAUCAUCGAUCGUUUCCUGUCAAGCAUUAAAGCGAUACCAGAGAAACCUGGAGAAGGAUUUGCUCCCCAAUCAAAGGUCAAGAACUUGAGCAGUCCGGUCCAUAGGGGCCACGGUUGGGAGACGGCACACCCUCCAAAGUCCCUCCAAGGGAGUCCUGAGUCUCCCUAAGCGGCUCCGAUGGGCUCUGAUCGCCCCUUGCUUAUUUACUGCCAUCAGGCACUUGGAGGUGGACGGUCGGUCGGCAGCGGCCGGCGACCCGGAAAGGCUGAGAAUGCCGCCCCCCAGAGCACCGCGCCCGCCCGGCCUCGGGCACACCAGUUAGCCGAGUUUUCGCCCAAGGCAAAGCCCCGGGAGAGGGGGGAAGGCCCGGGGAAAGCUGGAGUCCAGACCCCAGAGGACGAUGCUCAGCGGGGCCGGGACAAUGGGCAGCGGGGACCCGCGCGGGGAGUGUCCCGGGAGGUCGGCCCGCCCCGCUGUUCCCGGGAGCUCGGGCGGCGGCCCGAGCUGGGCGCCAGGCCGCGGCGUGGCGCAGCCCUCGUCCCUGGCCCGCAGCGGACCCAGCGCGGAGCGGGCGGGCGGCCGGGCCGGAGCGCGGGGCCCCGCGGGGCAGCCGGCCCGUCCCGGCCCGGGCCACGACCCCGACCCCCGGUCCCCGGCCCGCGCGCUCCAGGCCGGCCCGGCGCGGCUCACUCACCUGCCCACCGUCUGGUUGGCCAGCUGCUUCAUGCGGUUGAACUGCUUCUUCAUGGCGGCGACAGCGACGGCCUGCGGGGCUCCGGCCGGGCAGCUCGGGGGACGGCCUGGCGUGGCUACAUCGCUUCCCCCCCGAGGAGGCGGCGGCGGCGGCGGCGGCAGCAGCGUCGGCGGCUCUGGGCUGGAGCUCCGCCCUGACGCGUCACUUCCAGCGGCGCCGCCCGCUGGGGGCGCGCGGGGCCGGGCUGGCAGACGAGCGCCAGGCUCGGGCGCGGCGCGCGGCCUGGCCCCCAACGACCAGCCCCCACCCCCCCGCCGCCCCGCUGAGCGUGCGGAACCCCGCGUCCCAGCGCCCCCGCGUUCUUGACUCCCCGGCCGGCUAGGCCGCGCACCGGUGGGAGGGGGCGGCAGGCGCCAGCGGCGUGACCCCGCGGUCUUGGCGGCAGGGAACAGCCACACCCGGGCGUGGGACGCACUGUCCCCGCAGGGCUGGCCCGGGGCGUUACGCGCAGGGGUGGGGACGGGGGGAGGGGGGGAGGAAGACGGGAGGGGGUUGGGGUACGCGGGAGCCUCCGGAUGCCCACCUUAGGUUGUGCCGAGGUGCGGCUGUAGACAUUUGUCUACGCUCCUAGGUGGAUGGGUGCGUGUCACUGUGUAUGUUUUAUGUCAAUUAAAAGAAAUCAUUGCGUGGAAACCACAAACUACAGAGCCCUGUGUACUGUGAUCUGACUUUGCGGGAAAGUCGAGGGCGAGGCUCAUUUUCUGACCGCAGGUGCUCACACGCAAUGGGGACCGCCAGGGAUGGCCCCCGGGGCAUUGGGGGGAGGGUAAGGGGUGGGAGGUCGUGGGCAUGGGUGAUGCGGGCCCUAGCAGCCCCGUGUGCGGUGUGGCGUUGCCUAGAAACGCCUGAUUGUGUUUUGAUUAUUAGUCUGGCACAGGCCUUCCUUCGGAGACACUUAGAGGGAUUGACCGACUGCACUGGACGCUUUUUGCAGAGCAGACCAGGUCAGUUCCGUGACCCGCAGCGAUAUCCUUUUCGUUUGGUGGCCUGGGCCCUAGAGCAAGUGGGUGGCAGUGUGACUUCCUUCACUGACCGCAUCUCUGGGGUCAUCAAAGAUGUGAGGAUGAAGGGAACCGAAAAGGUGGGAGAAGGGCCUGACUCUGACCGAAAAGAGAGUGAAGUGAGUCGGGAAACCUUAAGAUCGGAGAAUCAGAGACUUAAAAGUCUUUGUAGUCACCUGGAAGAGAAGUAUGAAGCCUCGGAGCUUCAAAUAAAGCGGCAGACUCUUAGCUACCGACAUCAGCUACAACAGAAAGAGGUAGAAAUGAAACUUCUUAAAGUGAGACAGAUAGGGCUCAAGAACCAGUUGCUGAAGCUCCAAUCAGCCCUUCAAUCAACCACAGCAUCACCUUCCUUGGGUUACGGUAUCAACUACUUUGCUUCAGCUUCCCGGGGGAUGACCUGGACUUUGCUGACCUAAUUUGGUCACAACAAGAAAUAAGCAGACUGUCAAAUGAAGUUUUAAGACUGGAGGCUGAAGUUAGCAUUGGAAGCAUUUUUCCCAGUCUUCAGCACCGGGAGCGAAUAGCGCCGAGCAAAAUGAAAUCUACAAACUGCAGGUUACCAUCAGGGAACUUGAACAGAAUCGAAAUGAGGCAAUUGAUGACCAUCAACUUGAAAAGGCAGUACUGCAGAACAUCUAUCAACAGACACUGGCAGAAAUACGUCGCAGGUACCGUCAAAAGUCAAAAGGCUAUGAAAAAAGAAUCAAAGAACUGGAAAAUCUGUUAGAGAAGGACAACUCCGGACUCAGAGCAGCUGAGGAGUCUGUCAUUGAGGAUAUGCAAAACACCAUUCAAGUGCUACAGACUGAAAAAGUGGAGUCUACCAGGAAAAUUGAAGAACUUGAGGACACCGUCAAAUACAUCAAUAGCAAAUUAUCUUCGGUAGAAAGUGAGAGAGACGCUUUAAGGAGAGAAUGGGACCGGAUACAUGAGGAAAAGAAAGAGAGGAUUGAAGAAUGUGAAUCGCAGCCUUCCGUUUUGAGGCAAAGUGAUACAGUGACGGAAAAGGAAAGAGUUCUUUCCGAGAGUACAGCGGUGGAAGAAGUGUCUGGACUGCGGCAAGUGCUGUCCGAUGUGGAGAAGGAGAUGACGUCACGGUGUAGCUCAACCCAGGGUGACAAUCUCAUUGGAGACGAUCCGAAACUUGAAGAGCGAGUCUACGUUUUAGAACAAGAAAACUCAUUAGGUCAAGGACGGGAAGCACUUCAACUGGCACUUUGGAAAGUGAGCCAUGAGCAGGAAGUGAUUGAACGUACGGCUCCAGGAGGUGUGAAUUUGGAUUCAGAAGGAGAGCAUUUAAGAUGUGACUUGGAGGCCGACGGACAAAAAUCCACUCAGGGUAGGACCGAGAAGGAACUCCCAACAGCAGAGCUGGGGGAGUUCGAUGGACAGAAACAAACUACACAGCCCAGGGUUUUGAUGAAAGGUCAGCUAUCAGAACCACAAAAUGAAGGCAACGGCAUCAACGGCGAAGUGGAACACGAUCUCAAUGAUGAAAAGAGAGCUUGUCCAUUUGAGGAUGAGCAAAUGGACAGAGCUAAAGAGUUAGAUGCGCAAAACGAAGAAUCACCUCAAAGUCAACUGGCUGUUAAUGAUUUGCAUCGGUCAGAUCCGUCGCAAACACAUAAUGUAAACAUCCCGAAGGAGAACGUUGAACUUAAGGAACAUAUUAAACAAGACGAGGCGGAAUCUGCUAGAGCUGAGAAGGAGCCAGCACAGUCUCUUAAUCAAGACUCUGACAAUACUGUUGAAGAUGACUCGCUUCCAGGGAGGGAAACGACAGUUAGAAAGUUGCAGCAAAGCCUUUCAGAAAUGGAAGAGCUGAAUGGCCAUUUAAAGAAAGCUGCUUGCAAUCUCAAGGUGGAAAAUGGAAAGUUGGUUUUGGAGCUUGAAGACGUAAGACGUCGGCUGGAAGAAACUACUGUCUGUAACCAUAAGAAUUCUCUGGAAACAAAAUCUAUUACGCGGGCCUUAAAAAUAGAAAAAGGACAGUUAAUCGUAAAAUUGUGCCGGGCUGAAAAGAAGCUGUUGGAGAAAACAGCCAGGUAUGAGCAAGCUAGUAAAGAACCGACCAACACGUAUCACUUGUCUAAAUCCUCCUCCCAGUUAGAGCAGGAGUGUUUAAUUCAACGCAGUCAAGACAAAGACGAUGAAAUACUACAACUCAAAAAGAGUGUUGAGCAGAUGGAUGCCGACCAUAGAGAAACUAAGGAAAUGCUCUCCUCUGCUCUGGAGGAGCAUAAGCGAUUGACACAACUUAUUAAAGAGAAAGAAAUCUGUAUCGAAAAACUUGAAAGAAGGCCAGAGCUCUAGGAGCUAUUAGAGAAGUACGUCCAAGUCUUAAGAGAAAAUGAAAUUUUACAGCAAACCGUGGAGGACCAAGAUGUUCGUCUUGCAUCCACGAGAGAAGAGAAUGAAUUUCUGCAAGACGAACUGGAGUGUCUGAGAGAAGACAGCCAAACCGUACCUGUGGUCGACCCGCAAACGUAAGACAGUAUCAUGGAACUAGAAUGCGAGGUGUAUCAGCUGAAUGUAGAAAGAGUUUGUCUGGAAGACGAAAUCAAACAACAACAAAAGAUCAUUGAGGAUCAACGCCAGGGUAAACUGCAAUGGCUUCAUGCUUUACAAGACCAGAAACGGAGGGUAGAUGAUCUCACACACCAGCAUGAGCAAGUGACCAUUAAACACGCUCAGCUCCUUUCAGUGAAAGAUGAGGAGAUUAAGAUUUUGCAGAACACAAUAGAGCAAAUGAAAACCCAGAUCUUUAAAAAACCCAGCACAUUCCUGCAACACAUUCUGAUGUGUUUCAAGUAACAACGAUUCAGCAUCUUCCUGUAGAAAAACGGAAGUGAAAAGCAUGAUUUAUCUAAAGCUGAAACUGAAAGAUUAAGUAAAAGGAACAAAAGGACAAGAAUUGGAGAUUAAAAAUAAAUAAAACAUAAAAAAAAAAGAA